UCGGGAGGAGAACAAAAACAAAGCGGAGGGGCCCGAGCGGGACCCAACGGACCACUGCGGAGAGCUCCUUUCAGCCUGCCCGCCCUAGGAGCCAGCCACCGCUGUCAGGAUGCCGAACUGGGGAGGAGGCAAGAAAUGUGGCGUGUGCCAAAAGACGGUUUACUUUGCUGAAGAGGUUCAGUGUGAAGGCAACAGCUUCCACAAGUCCUGCUUCCUGUGUAUGGUUUGCAAGAAGAACCUGGAUAGUACCACCGUGGCUGUCCAUGGUGAAGAGAUUUACUGCAAGUCCUGCUAUGGCAAGAAGUAUGGUCCAAAGGGCUAUGGCUAUGGGCAGGGAGCUGGAACGCUGAGCACUGACAAGGGGGAGUCGUUGGGCAUCAAGCCUGAGGAGACCCCUGGUCACAGGCCCACCACCAACCCUAAUGCGUCCAAGUUCGCCCAGAAGAUAGGGGGGUCCGAAAGUUGCCCCCGGUGUGGACAGGCAGUCUAUGCUGCGGAAAAAGUGAUUGGAGCUGGGAAGUCCUGGCACAAGGGCUGCUUCCGGUGUGCCAAGUGCGGCAAAGGCCUGGAGUCCACUACCUUGGCAGACAAGGAUGGAGAAAUUUACUGCAAAGGGUGUUAUGCCAAAAACUUCGGGCCCAAAGGAUUCGGCUUUGGCCAAGGAGCUGGGGCCUUGGUCCAUUCUGAGUGAAGCGGCCGACAGUGUUCCCACGUCCCUUGCUCACCUCUGGUGCCUCACCAAUGCCAGCCCCAGCCCUUGUCUAUGUAGACCAGACUAGAUAUGGGAGCUACACGCUUUUUUUCUAUCUCUUUCUUUUCCACCUCUCUCUCUUGCUCUCUUCUGCCACUUCUAACCAGCCUCCGUAACCACAGGUUUUGGCUUUGUGUUGGGUGGGUUUCUGCCUGGGACACUGUGCUCCUAGGGCCCACCUUCUCACCCACCCUACCCAGCUGACACAAUUUCCAGUGUGAACAUUCUAAAGGGCUACUAGUAUUAACGCUUUUACAAGGAGUGAUCUUACACACUCUCCAGAAUUUUUGCCUUUCAGCUCCUCACUCUACCCUGCUGACUAAGUACAUUGGCCGAGGGACCAGAAGCAUUUUAUGGGUCCCAGAAAGCUGUGCCAUCCAGGAGAGAGUGUGGGAAGGGAAGACAAAGGGAAGGAAGGGGACACAAAAUAGAUAUGAAAAGUCUUCCUCAGGUUUGGCAUGUGUACGUAGGGGGAGAGGGGUAAGGAGAAGGGCAUAACAUUUCAGAAAGCCACUUGGGUUAGUUCCACUCCCAGAGGCCUUCAGACAAGGGGAUGGUGGAAGCUUCCACAGGACAGAACCUUGCAGUGAGUCGUUCCCACCAAGUGCUGGAACGGGUAGCACUCCUGCUCAUGUGGGCACACUUUAACACUGUUUGACUACGCAAUUGAAACAGAAUGUUUGGCCUUGGGGACCAACACUGAGUUGACUGGCCAGUGCCGUUUGCCUGAGGCCUAGUGUUCUUGCCCACAGUCUAUACCGUGCCCAGGUUGCUCCUGUCACAGAUGCAGGGAACAGCCCUUGCCAGCCACAGGCCUAGAGCAUCAGGAUCAGGUCCAGAUCACCCCUCCUCCGACUUGAGCUCCCUCAAAGACAGGGUUGGUUUUGGAAUCCCCCAGGGGUCUGUGUCACUGCUUUGAUGGCUAAGGAGUUCUGGAUCAAACUAGACUCCUGAACAUUGAUUGGCCACCCAAACCUCGGGGAACUCAAAACCAACUCUUCUCCUGGGGAAUCUUGAGGCUGUAGGUUUUGCCGGUCAGCCCAGAGACCCUAAUCCUUCCCCGACUUCUCCCAAGGGGUGCUUCAAUCUAGUCUCCACUCUGUAGGACUUCUCCACAUUUGUAAGGGGAAGAUUUUCAGGUAGCUUAGAGAUUCUAAACUACUAUUAGGUAUCUUCCUUCCCACCCCACCCCACCUCCAAAUCAUCCUUCAUUGAUCUCUUUCCAGGCUUUCCCUAUUGGAAACAUAUUUCCCCUACCACCACUACUCUUUCCUUCCUUCCCUCCAUCCCUCCAUCCCUCCUCUCUCUGGGUCUCUUCCUUGCCCAAACCAUCCCUAUCAUUGCUAGACCCUGAGGAAAGGAGCAGAAGGAGCAGUUCUUGGGAAGGUAUGAGGCUGGGCCAUGGCCAGAAGAACAGGAGGUCUUGGAAGGAUCCCAAUGACUAUGAGAGAAUCAUCUGAUGGGCCAGGGCAAAUUUAUUCUGAGGGAUACAUCUACAAUACCUGUCAUUGGGAAGGGCAAAGUAUUUAAGCUAAUUUCUUAUGUAAUGAAUAAAGCUGUUAAAAAAAGAAUCCUGGUAUCCAGAGUCCUGAGAAGAUGGCAACACUGUCAAUCCCCUAGGAACUGAAAGAAACUUGGAUGGGGUCAUAAAAAGGUACCUAAGGGGCCAAGAAGAGUAUUAAGCUUUGCCUACUCAACUUUUUGUUUUCAUCCCUUUGCUGACUCCUUUGUGUUAGGAGUUCUGGAAAGCACCAAGUUAAAGCUGGCUGAGCAUGAUGAUAAGGGAAACAAUGCCAUAUGAGAGCUAUGAAGGAAAUGGGGAUGUUUGCAUGGGUGCACAAUGUGAUAGCUGUCUUCAAGGGUUAUUGUGCGUCAAUCUUAUUCAGGUCACCAGAUGACCCCUGUCACCCCUUACAGCUCAGUCCACAGCUCUUGGGCCCUCCAUUCAAAACCUAAUCACCACCUGGAGUGACCCAUCUGGAGACCCCAGACUUGGGGAUAACCAGCUGGGUACUGCUGAUGUUUUGACAUUUGAGCUGUGAUCUCAGCUAUGAGGUUGGCCUGCCAGACCCAUAGGCUAAUUCCAGAAACUUCUGACCUGGGAAGUCCCGUAAGUGAGAGGAAAGCCCAACCAAAAUCAUCACCAAGUCAAAACUAGAAAGCAUACUUCCAUAGGGGGCAGGGAGGGGUGAUGGGGUUUGGGGAGGGAUAGGCUGGGGACCUGAGUACUCUGACAUGCAAGAAUUUCAGUUCUUAAUUUUUGUAAAAUGUUGAUCAUAGGGAGCCAGGAGGCUCUAAAGGCCAGAUAAGCCCCUGUAUGGUCUUACCUGAGGCUUUCUUUCCUCCUCUGUCACACAGGCCUAUGUCCCCCCAACUCCCUCCACUGUCGAUGCCUACUCUAUUAGCUUGGCCUCCAGCACACUCUGAAUCCCUCAGAUUCUCUGACACAUGGUCAAGAGAAGCUCUUGACCUUCCCCUUAUUUAACCAAGGCAGAGUUUGUGGAUUCUCUCUUCCCCAAUUGCCACUAGGCAAAAGAGCUUUACUAACAUCUAAGGGGAAAAGGUCAAAUAUCAUAUUGGUUUGAACACAGAAAACACCUAUUUUCCAAAUCUUGAUUGUAUAAACCCUGAAUGUGGAAUGACAAAAAUAAUAAAAAUAGAGAGGUGAUGGUAAAAAUUAAUAAAACAUCUUCAUUUGAAUCAAA